GAGCUGCACCGAGACGGCGAGCGGCGCGGUGGGCGGAGCUCCGCGCGCGGCGUUGGGGGAAAGCAGGGCUGCUGUGGUGGGAGCGUGCGCGCGCGCCCCCUUCGCCUGUCAUCGAGCCGAGGAGCCCGUCAGGCCAAGAUGAAUGAGGCCGAAGGCUUGCGGCAGCGGCGCUCUGUCCGGCCGCAGGUGAUUACCGAGGAUAGCAGCGCGCGCGCGGCGUUGAGCGGCAGUACUUACAGCAACAAAGUAUUCCGUGUGACUUUCAUGACUCUGGCUGUAUCACUAAUUAUUCCCUUGUUUGGAGCAAUAGUCCUUCUGGAAUGCCCCAUAGACCCUCAGCCUAUCAGCUUCAAAGAACCUCCUCUCCUCACUGGGGCAUUAGAGCCAAACAUUAAGCUUCGACAAGCAGAAAGGCUGUUUGAAAACCAGCUUGUUGGGCCAGAAUCUAUUGCAAAUAUUGGUGAUGUGUUGUUCACUGGUACUGCUGACGGAAAAAUUCUGAAAAUUGAAAAUGGAGAAAUACAUAUACUAGCCCAACUUGGCCAUGGCCCAUGUAGUAGCAGAGAAGAUGAACCUGCAUGUGGGAGACCUCUUGGAAUACGUGUUGGACCAAAUAGCACCCUUUUUGUGGCAGAUGCCUACUAUGGCCUUUUUGAGAUUAAUCCUGUCUCAGGUGAAGUGAAACUGCUUGUAUCUUCCAAGACUCCCAUUGAGGGAAAGAAAAUGUUAUUUGUAAACGAUCUUACUUUGACCCGGGAUGGAAGAAAGAUCUACUUUACUGACUCAAGCAGUAAAUGGCACAGAAAAGAUUACUCCUUACUAAUCAUGGAGGCAUCAGAUGAGGGCCGCUUACUUGAAUAUGACACUGUGACAAAAGAGGUGAAGGUCCUAAUGGGAGGGCUCAGAUUUCCGAAUGGAGUCCAGCUGUCACCUUCUGAAGAUUUUGUGUUGGUGGCUGAAACAACAAUGGCAAGAAUACGAAGAUAUUACGUAUCUGGCUUAAUGAAAGGUGGAGAAGACAUGUUUGUAGAAAAUAUGCCUGGCUUUCCAGACAACAUUCGUAUAAGCAGCUCUGGAGGUUACUGGGUGGCCAUGUCAGCUGUUCGAGCCAAUCCUGGUUUCUCUAUGAUGGAUUUCUUAUCUGAAAGACCAUGGAUUAAAAGGAUAAUAUUCAAGUUGCUCAGUCAAGAAACUGUAAUAAAAUUUGUGCCCAAGUACAGCCUCCUUGUAGAACUAAGUGAUACUGGAUCCUACAGAAGAAGUUUCCAUGACCCAAAUGGAAUGGUGGCAACAUACAUAAGUGAAGCACAUGAAUAUGAUGGACAUCUCUAUCUUGGCUCUUUCCGAUCUCCUUUUAUUUGUAGACUGAAUCUUGAGGAUGUCUAAAUCUCUGUGCCAAAAGCAACACCGCUGUUGUCUUGAAUUAUUCUAGGACAGUGAAGGAGCAUUAGUCACAAAUGUGGGCCAAGAAAAAAAGAACGGAAGCACAGUCACUCACGAAACAUUAUGUAACUAGCAGGAUACAGAAUUCAGCCACUUCUCAUUUUAAGCAUGCCAGACUAAAACCAGCAGUACAGUCUUCUGUGACUUCUUUACUUCCCUUUAAAACAAAUACAAGUUAUCCCAUGAAACAAGAUGUUGUUUGUUAACAUUCUUAAUCAAUGUUAAUUUAUGAAUUGCUUCUACCAUUGAAAAAUGUUGUGUACAACAGACUUUAUUGACUUUCCACAUGUUUCACAAGUACUGUGCUCAAAAUACAUUGCUAGAUCAACAUUUUA